AUGGCUUCUUCCUUCUCAAUCACCCGUUCGAUUGGUCGGAAAUGGUUUGCCGGAUUAUCUAAUUAUCCUAUUGUACGGAUGAUUGAAUCUUGUUCUUCCCUCGAAUGUUGCAGGUAUAGGUUUAACUCCUUUUAUCCGAAAGGCAUGAGCACGUUGGCCGAGCCGAUGAGGCAAAACCACCCAUCAUCCUCGUCAUCAUCUCCUUGGCUUAUGCUGCCGCCCUCCAUUGACGUGACCUUCACCGGCGCCGCCAGCAUCAGCUACAACUUCUACAGCCUCGCCGACAAUAAAAUCGUAACCCAUAGCCUCGAAGAUAGAGAAUUAACAAACCCGCUCAUGGUGUGCGCGGGAUCUUCACUCGGCUGGCUAGCUUUGAUGAGCCCCAGCCGCGAUCUGUUCCUCUAUAAUACCAUCUCCCGUCGCCGUAUAAACCUCCCUUCUGUUGGCGAUCUGCCCGAUUACCCUGAUAACUUGGCUACAGUCUACAAGGUCGUACUCUCGUGCUCCCCAGAAGACCCAAAUUGUCGAGCCAUCAUUAUCUACAACAACGUACAUGGGCUGGCUUUCUGCUGCCCCGGGUUCAGCAAGGAGUGGACACAUAUCGGGGAUCACAACUGGUUUGAUGAAAAUUUGGGACGGUCCUUCCGCCCGGGCUAUAGGGACUGUGUCUACUCCACAAGACACGAAGCAUUGUUUAGCCUCACGAAACAGGGUGUAUUGGAAUCUUGGGAUCUUUGGGACCCUCACUCACCGAGGGCUGUGAAGAUAGCCGAGGAUGGUGAGAUGGGUGGCAAAAUUUGUUACGCAAAGCAGAAGCACUUGUUGUUAACGUGUGCGCCAGUGGAGCAUCUGGUAGUGGCCGGGCAGGAUCAGGAUCUCCUCGUGGUGACUCAAUACGUAGUUGAAACAUUUGAUUUGGAUGGAUUGUAUGUCGAUGGCUGCGACCCGUCUAAGAAGACCGUCAAACGAGGCCUUCCGAGUUCGACUAUUGAUUUUGAUGUUAAAAAAUAUAACCUUGAGGAUGAGGAUGUUAAGUACGUGGAUUCUUUAGAUGGCUUGGCUCUUUUUGUUGGCUUCCAGAGCGAUGCAGUGGCGUUGUGGGUUGCAGAGUUCCCGGAGCUCAAGUCCAAUUCCAUUUACUUCACGGAUGGAGUAGAAGACGGACUGAUUGAGGACUACCCAACGGGUGGCCAUGACAUUGGCAUUUACGAUUAUGAGAAUAAGACUGUGUCGCCAUGCUGUUAUCCAUGUGAUAUCAAGAAGAUGAAAAAGACUUUCCCUGCGCCUAUGUGGUUCUUCCCAACUCCUGCAUGA